AUGCACAAGUCUGCUGUUAUUUGCAAAAAUAUAACUAAUGUCAGCCUUAUUGGUCCAGAAGAAUCAUUAAUAGAGGGAGAAUCAUCUGCUAACAUCAGCUCUGAGGGAACUGGCAGUAUCCUCUCUGUGCAGUGGAUGAAAAAUAACAGUCCUCUGUCUACUAGCAACAGCAUUAUCUUCUCAUCUGAUAACAGAUCAGUGUCCAUCAGUCCAGUGCAGAGAUCAGACAGUGGAGAAUAUCAAUGUACAUAUAGAAACCCUGUUAGCUCUGAGACGGCAAAACUCAACCUGAUCAUCAACUAUGGACCAGAAGAGGUUUCUGUUAAGGGUGAGGAUGUGGUGGAUUUAGGGGUUCGUGUGUCACUCUCUUGUUCUGCCAAUUCUGAACCUUCUGCCUCAUUCAGCUGGAAGUUUAAUGGAGCAGACACCAAUGUGACCACAGACACAUUCACCAUAAACGAGACUGACUUCACACACAGUGGAGAUUACAUCUGCACAGCCUGGAAUAAUGUCACAAAGAGAAACGCCUCAAAAAAACAUGCUUUACUAGUUAAAGUAGGAGGAGGAGGAGGAGGAGGAGGAGGAGGAGGGCUGUCAUCAGGGGCGAUAGCUGGGAUUGUUAUUGGGGUUUUAGUGGCAGUUGCAGGCAUUUGUGGUCUGAUUGUCUAUUUAACAAAAACUAAUAAAAUCCCAAAGUUAAACCAACAACGAAAAGGACAAGCAAGUGGAGCAGCACAAAGCAGACAGGAGACAAAGGCUAGAGGAGAUGGAACGAUUCUAGGGAAGAUGAGUGAACAUAUAUAUGAGAAUGACAAACAUGAAAAUGAGCAUGAGAAUAUGUAUGAAAAUGUAAAACCUGAAAAUUCAAGAAGGCCAAGGGCUCCUACUCCUCCUCAGGUAUCAAACCCUCCUCCUGUGCGCAGGUGAGGAAGUGAAGACACUGAAACACAUCUACUGCAAGAUGAUCUAUCAGGCUGUAUCAAUUUGUUUUUUUUUUUUUUACAGUUUUAAGAUAAAAAAUGUAUAUGGCAUAUUACUGAAAUAUUAUAAACUGUUGCAACAACUGUUUGUUCUAUGUGCUCCACUCAUGCGGUUUAAUUAUAAACUUGUUCCUCACUAUG